AAUACACAAGCCCAGCAUCAACCAUAGCAACCAUAUCUUAUUGUCAUUCGAGCUAGAUAUUGACGGAGCAAGCUUGAAUCGCCGGUUAUUUCUGAAAAAGCUACAGUAUGAUAGAUAGAAAUCCACCGGCGGUUGAGAGAUCUGAGACUAGAAACUAUAAUCUCGUCGUCGUCUCCGUUCACGUUCGAAACCCUUUUGAAGCUCGUGAGAUCCACAAUCUCUUCCGCCGCCGUCCCGGAUUCGAGUCUUGUCAGCUCAAGUACACUGGACGAGGCGACCAGGUUGUGGCAUUUGCAACAUUCACGAGUCAUAGAUUCGCUAUGGCUGCAAUGAAUGAGCUAAAUGGUGUGAAAUUUGAUCCUCAAACAGGAUCAACCCUACAUAUAGAACUAGCUAGAUCAAACUCUAGAAGAAAAGAAAGGCCAGGAAGUGGUCCUUAUGUUAUGAUUGAUAACAGAAACAACAAACCGUCUAAAUCUCAGGACGACCAGAGUGAUCAAGGGGAUAUCGAUCCUGAUGAGGCGCAAGAACCUGGAAAUAGUGAGUCUCCAAAGGAAAACGAUAAUGCCAGAAGCGAACCGGACUCUGAUCCAGAUAGUAGAGCACCAUCUGCUAGUGGGCACUUGCAAAAAGCAUCUGAAGGAGGUUCUGGUACUCGACCAUGUUCGACCUUGUUUAUAGCUAAUCUAGGGCCUAAUUGUACAGAAGAUGAACUCAAACAACUCCUAUCCAGAUAUCCUGGUUUCAACAUCUUAAAAAUCCGAGCUAGAGGCGGAAUGCCGGUUGCAUUUGCUGACUUUGAGGAAAUCGAGCAAGCUACCGAUGUCAUGAAUGAUCUUCAAGGGAACCUCUUAUCAACUUCAGACCGAGGCGGCAUGCAUAUAGAGUAGUUUUUCUUACAUCCUCAACAUUUUCUUGAUUACCGUUAAAUUCACAUGUUGUUUGAUUAUUACACUACAGUCAUGGUUGUCUGAUGUCACGCUCUGGUUCUUGUUUUCU